UCUAUUUGUUUAUAUAUAUUUCCUUCUUCCCUUCCUCUUUUUUUAUAUAAUCAUAUCAUUACCAACUUAUAUAGUAAACAUUGGCUUAACUUGAUAAUCAUACAUAAUCAUACCAAUUAACACACAGAAAGGAUUAUAGAAAAAACAUGGGGAGGGCUCCUUGUUGUGACAAAGCCAAUGUGAAGAGAGGUCCAUGGUCACCUGAAGAAGACUCCAAACUCAAAUCUUAUAUCCAACAAUAUGGCACUGGUGGCAACUGGAUAGCCCUGCCAAGCAAAAUAGGCCUCAAAAGGUGUGGAAAAAGUUGUCGUCUUAGAUGGCUAAAUUAUCUUCGUCCAAACCUUAAACAUGGAAGUUUCUCCGAAGAAGAAGACAACAUUAUUUGCAGCCUCUAUGUCAAUAUCGGAAGCAGGUGGUCCGUUAUAGCAGCACAAUUACCAGGACGAACGGAUAAUGAUAUAAAGAACUACUGGAACACAAAGUUGAAGAAGAAACUUCUAACAAAGCAAAAGAAGGAUCAACAAUCUCAAACUCGCCGAGCUUUUAGACUAAACCAAGAGAUUAAGAGAGAAAAUGGAAAUUUGGUAUUGCCUAAUGAAGUUAUCAAUAUUAGCCAAACUCCAAAUUAUUUGCAAACAGAACACUAUUCCUUUCCAAAUCCUUCUUUCAUCCAAAAUUAUAAUCUCAAGGAAAUUGAAUUCUCUGAUAAUCAUCAACUGCAGGGAAUUAAUUCUCAAUAUCCAUGUGACAUUUACUUCCAACAAGACCAACUAAGUUAUGAUCCAUCUACAAUCAACAACAUAAACUCUGCAGGUUUGGCCUAUGUGAACCACCAACAAACAGAUGGAUCAAUGAAGAUCGAUAGUGGCGCGAACUCGACAUUUAUAGAAAGCAGUAAUUGGGGAGAUAUAAGUUCUUUGGUUUCUGAUUAUGAAGGUUGCCAUCAACAAACAAUGAUUCAAGAAGAUGUUACUUUUGAUGAGUCUAUGUUGUUCUAUGGAAUGGUCCAAACACAAUAACAUUUCUUUGCUUGCAUAAUACUAGGUAGUUUAAAGAGUUUUUACUUUUGAUUAGUUUUUUCCCCUUCCAUUUACAUGUUAUAAUUAGUUAGAAAUUAUUGUACUUUUUCAUUUAAUUGAUUGGGCAUAAAUUAAUUAAUAAGUACUAAUUUUUUCGUUA